AUGUUUUAAUAGAAUUAGACAAUUGUUGUGGAUGGUAUCGAAAUUUUACUGAGAGGGCUACUUUUCAAAGCUAAUGAAGGCAAUGUUUAUUAGGGAAUUAUUAAAUCCAAUAAGAAAAAAGUUGCUAUAAAAGAAUUAGAUCAUUAUUAAGACUAUCUAGAUGAAGUUUUAACAAUUUUAAAGGGAAAGAAACAUUCUAAUAUUAUAGAAAUAAUUGCUAUAUCGAAUGAUAGAAACAGGAUUAUUAUGGAAUUAACAGAUGGAUCAGUUAAAGAUCUGAUGAAAAAUAACUUUGUAUUAAACAAGGAAACUAUAAUGAUAGAUGAUAUAUUCAUAUAAGUAUAAUAUUUAUAUGAAAUUUAGAUGGUCUAAGGUGUAAAUGAAUUUCAUUAAUAUGGUUUAAUACAUAGAAAUUUAAAACCAGAAAACUUUUUUUACUUUUUAAAUUAAGAAAACAAAAAAAUAAUCAUAAAAUUAAUUGAUUUUGGUACUUAUGAAUUAAACAAUCAAAUAUACACAUAGAAUGUUGGUACAAUUAAUUACAUUGCUCCAGAAUUAGUAAGAAAUAUCCCUUAUGAUUAAUCUAUUGACAUUUGGUCAUUAGGCAUUAUUUAUUAUAAAAUGAUAACAACAGAGGAUUUUUUUAAUGGUAUUCAUUUAUAUUUUUUCAGGUAAUACGAUUGAUGAAAUUAAAUAAUAAAUAUAAGAAAUAGUUUAAAUACAAAUAGAUUAGAAAAUAAAAAACCAUAAAUAAUUAAAUUUUGAAGAGAAAGAAUUACUUUUAAAUAUGUUAAAGAUUUAAAAAAAUGAAAGGUUUAAGUGUUUAUAAAUUAUAAAUAAACUUAGGGAUUAAACACCAAUUGAUGAAGGUUUAUUAUAAAAUUUAAUUUAUUAGUAGAUAAAUAGUGGAAAUAAAAAAUGAAAUAUAUUGAUCUAUGGAUUUAAAAUCCAAAAAAUGAUGAAGUUGACAAAAAAAUAGGUUUUUUGUUUUUAUAUUAAAUAGCUGAAUUAUUAUUAGAUGAUAAAUUUGUUGAAAAAGCUAUGUAAUACUUUGAUAAACUAAUAGCAAUUAAUCCGAAAAAAGAUAAUACUUAUGAGAGAAUAGGUACUUUUAAUUUAAUUAUUAAAUAGCUAAAUUGUUAUUAAAAAAUAAUAAAUGUUAAGAAGCAAUUAAAUACAUUGAUAAAUGGAUUGCAAUUAAUCCAAAAAAGCAUUCUACUUAUGAGAGAAUAGGUUUUUUUAAUUUAAAUUUUAAAUAGUUAAGUUGUUAUUAGAAAAUAAUAAGUAUUAAGAAGCAAUAUAAUAUCCCAUAUAUCCUGUUAACGUUAUAAAAUAAAUUUAUUAGAACAUAAUUAAUGAAUUUUAUUCUCCUAACUAAUAAUUAAUGAUCCAAAUCUUUUAUUUUCACUAUACAUUGAUAAAUGCAUUGCAAUUAAUCCAAAUAAUGAUGAAGCAUAUAGAUCAAUAAGUAUUUUAAAUUUACUUAUCAAAUAGCCGAUUUGUUAUUAAAAAAUGAUAAGUGUUCAGAAGCAAUUAAAUACUUUGAUAAAUGGAUUAAAAUCGAUCUUAAAAAUUAUGAGACUUAUAGAUCAAUAAGUUUUUUAAAUUUACUUAUUAAAUAGCCGAUUUGUUAUUGAAAAAUGAUAAGUGUUAAGAAGCAAUCCGAUACUUUGAUCAAUGGAUUGCAAUUAAUCCAUAUCAUUAGAAUACUUAUUUUUUAUUAAGUACAUUAAAUUAACAUAUUAAAUAGCUGAUUCGUUAUUAAAAUAUGAUAAGCGUUAAGAAGCAAUUAAAUACUUUGACAAAUGGAUUUCAAUGAAUCCAAAAAAUUAACGUAUUUAUUUAUAAAUAGGUAUCUCAAUUUAACAUAUUAAAUAGCUGAUUUGUUAUUAAAAAAUGAUAUGUGUUAAGAAGCUAUUAUGUACUUUGAUCAAUGGAUUUCAAUUAAUCGAUAUAAUUAAAGUACUUAUUUUUUAUUAAGUACGUUAAAUUAAUAUAUUAAAUAGCUGAUUUAUUAUUGCAAAACAAUAAGUGCUAAGAAGCAAUUUAAUACUUUGAUCAAUGGAUUGCAAUUGAUCUAAAAAAUUAUGAUGCUUAUAAAUAAAUAGGUUUUUUAAAUUUACAUAUUAAAUAGCUGAUUUGUUAUUAAAAUAUCAUCAUUGUUAGAAAGCAGUUAGGUACUAUGAUUAAUUGAUUGCAAUUCAUCCAAAAUAAAAAAGUACUCUUUUUGAAAUAGGUUUAUUUAAUUUACAUAUUAAAUAGCUGAUUUAUUAUUAAAAAAGGAUAAAUGUUAAGAGGCAAUCCGAUACUUUGAUCAAUGGAUUGCAAUCGAUCCAAAAAAUUAUGAUACUUAUUUAUUAAUUAGUAAGUCAAAUUAAAAUAUUAAAUAGCUAAUUAGUUAUUAAAAAAUAAUAAGUUUUAAGAAGCAAUUAAAUACUUUGAUCAAUGGAUUGUAAUCGAUCAAAAACAUUAUGAUACUUAUAGAUAAAUAGGUUUCUUAAAUUUACAUAUUUAUUAGCUGAUUUGUUAUUCCAAUAUAGAAACAAUAUCCAAAAUAUAGAAUUAACUGUUAAAUAAAUUACAAAUCAAUCUGAAAAAUAAUAAUUAAUAUUAAAAUGUAUUUUUCUUUAUUAUAUUUAAAGUUUUUAACUAGAAAAAAUGAAAGAAUAACAUAUAAUGGUAUAUUGA